AUGAUAGUUGGAGAUGGAAAAAAAGCUAAUAAACUCGUUGGUGGUAUUGAUGUUGAUAUUGAUGAUUAUUCAUUUUAUGUAAGCUUACGUCUUCAUCAUAAUAAUAUUUGUGGUGGAUCUAUGAUAAAUGAAAAUCACAUACUUACAACUGCCAGCUGUAUCACACUUGGAAAAAAUAUAUUUCUUAGUAAUAUUGAAAUUUUAAUUGGAAGUAAUGACAUCAUUGGUUUUGAUGCUGUUGCAAGUUUUCAUGAUGUUUCACUUGUUAUUAUUCAUCCAGAAUACAAACCAGUUGAAUUUUGGAAAAAUGAUAUUUCUAUUUUACGAGUAAUGAGAAAUAUAAAAAUUAAUUUACAAGUUGUAUUGCCGUCAAUUGAAUUUCUUUAUGAAAGAUUUCAUCUUGAAAUUAUUGGAUGGGGAAAACCUCCGUUACCAUUUUACAUUGAACGUUUAGAAAAAUUAAAUGUAUAUUCAAUUUUACGAACAGAAUGUUCAAAAUAUUUUCGAUCAGGUUACAUUCUUUCGCCAGGACAAUCUUGUAUUUUACCAAGCAUUCCAGCAGCUUCUUUUAUAAAGGGGGAUGGAGGUAAUCCAAUUAUAACAGUUAAAGAAAAUCAUAUUGUUGGAAUGAUCUCUGCGAUUUCAAUUUAUCAUCCAAAUUUAGCAAUAUACACAAAAGUUAUUGUUUAUGUUAAUUGGAUUAAUGACAUGAUUGAAAAUUAUUAA